AUGUCGAAAGCUUGCCAUAAGAAUCCCAAGAAGCAAAGAGUUUAUAAUAAGGGUCAGAAGUUCUUCAACAAUGUCUCUCAAGAUAAGUCAUCGAAAGCUCGGAGAUUUAUGGACACAAAAUCCACUCUUAGACAGGGUGCUCUUGCGCAGCGCAGGAAAAAUUUUAAGGUUGAUCAGUUCCCUUUGGCAGCCGAGGCCACGAUAAAGGCUGCUGCUGCCCCUCGUCGCCACAGAGACUUCAGCAGAAAUAGACAAUUUAAUGUGAAUAAAAGGAUCGAGGCAUCGGCUGGACAGAAUAAUAAUAAUGUGAAUGGAGUUAGUUUCACGGUGAAGAAAACAAUGCAAGAAGCUAAAGCGGGCCCCAAGCCGAGGCCUCAGACGUUGGACUCGCUGUUUGCUAGCAUGAAGGAACAAAGAAUGAGGGCCCUCUCUCGACAGAAUAAUGGUUCAAGAAGAAAUUUCGGUGGUUCGAGAAGAAAUUUCGGUUCUUGA